GUUUCUUUAGAAAACUGUGUUGAGGUUGGGCGAAUUGCCAACACAUACAAUCUCACAGAAGUGGAUAAAUAUGUUAAUAAUUUCAUCCUGAAGAACUUCCCUGCGUUACUAAGUACUGGUGAAUUUGUGAAACUCCCCUUUGAACGUCUUGCCUUCGUGCUCUCAAGUAACAGCCUUAAGCACUGCACCGAGCUGGAGCUCUUCAAGGCGGCCUGUCGCUGGCUGCGCUACGAGGAGCCUCGGAUGGAGUACGCGGCCAAGCUCAUGAAGAACAUCCGAUUUCCCCUGAUGACCCCCCAGGAUCUUAUUAACUAUGUGCAGACGGUGGACUUCAUGAGAACUGACAACACCUGCGUGAACUUGCUUUUGGAAGCCAGCAAUUACCAAAUGAUGCCCUACAUGCAGCCGGUGAUGCAGUCGGAGCGGACUGCCAUCCGCUCGGACAGCACCCACCUGGUGACGCUGGGGGGAGUGCUGAGGCAGCAGCUGGUCGUCAGCAAAGAGCUGCGCAUGUACGACGAGAAGGCCCACGAGUGGCGAUCGCUCGCGCCCAUGGACGCCCCGAGGUACCAACACGGCAUCGCCGUCAUCGGCAACUUCCUCUACGUCGUCGGCGGCCAGAGCAACUACGACACGAAAGGCAAAACCGCGGUCGACACGGUCUUCAGAUUCGACCCCCGCUAUAACAAGUGGAUGCAAGUCGCGUCGCUGAACGAGAAGAGGACCUUCUUCCACCUAAGUGCCCUCAAAGGACAUUUGUACGCGGUCGGUGGUCGGAACGCGGCCGGUGAGCUCGCUACAGUGGAGUGUUACAACCCCAGAAUGAAUGAGUGGAGCUACGUCGCAAAAAUGAAUGAACCCCACUAUGGCCAUGCUGGAACCGUGUACGGGGGGUUAAUGUAUAUUUCAGGGGGAAUCACCCAUGAUACUUUCCAAAAGGAACUCAUGUGCUUUGACCCUGACACAGACAAAUGGACUCAGAAAGCCCCGAUGACGACGGUCAGAGGUCUGCACUGCAUGUGUACUGUAGGAGACAAGCUUUAUGUUAUCGGUGGAAAUCACUUCAGAGGAACGAGCGACUACGACGAUGUUCUAAGCUGUGAAUACUACUCCCCAACUCUAGACCAGUGGACUCCCAUUGCCGCCAUGCUGCGUGGGCAAAGCGAUGUUGGGGUAGCCGUCUUUGAAAAUAAAAUCUAUGUGGUUGGAGGAUAUUCCUGGAAUAAUCGGUGCAUGGUGGAAAUAGUUCAGAAAUACGAUCCGGAAAAAGAUGAGUGGCAUAAAGUGUUCGACCUUCCCGAAUCACUCGGGGGCAUCCGAGCCUGCACUCUCACUGUUUUUCCCCCCGAGGACAAUACAGGGUCUCCUUCUAGAGAAUCUCCUCUUUCAGCACCUUAGAAACAUCCCUUGACUUCUGUUGUUGUAGUAAUACCUUUGCACUGCGUUCAUGGAGUCUGUUCUUUUUCUUCAGUAGUUUCUGUUAGGCUUAGCCUACAGCAGUUGGUACAGUUACUGGAAAUAAAAAGACUUUAACAUUACAUGUGCUGUUCGUUUGGCCUAGAAUGUUUAUCAAGUGGUAAU